AUGAAUAAUGCGGUAUUUGGUAAAAUCAUGGAGAACGUGCGCGAUCGCAUCGACGUAAAAUUACUAACAAAAUGGAAAGGCAGAUACAGUGCGGAGGCAAUAAUCGCCAAACCAAAUUUUCACAGUCGCAGCAUCUUUUCGGAGAACCUGGUCGCGAUAGAAUUACGUAAGCUCGAAGUGAAGUUCGACAAACCGAUAUACCGGCACGACCCAUGCGUACUUACUCAGCACGUCGAUAACGAUGAGAAUAUAGUGGUAACCUCCGUUGAAUCGUGUAUAUGGACGCAUCUCGAUCACAUCCGCCUGCCACAGGUCGUCGUAUCCAUGUACUAUGACGUGUCUUCGCGGAAAAUUUCUUCUCGCCGGAGCGUGCAAUUCAUUAACCAGCAACCAUUUCUCAGACAUUGCGAAUAA